AGAAUCGGAGAGAGAGAGAGAAAACGAACCAAUACUCGAACUACUAGAGAGAGAGGGUUUUUGGCGAAGGCAAAGAGCAAAGCGGGGGAGAGAGGGCCGUUUGUCACCAAAAAUUAACAUAAACCCCUUAUUCAAAUUUCUCCAAUUAUAUAGCCGUUAAUAUACGGUUCCCGCCAUGGGAGCUCAGCCGGAGAACCCACCCGCCUCCCUCGACGACGUACAGAAGACCAGAACCUUGAUCUGUGCCCUCAACCUCCUCUCCCGUAACCUCCCCCUCCCUCCCGACGUCCUCCACACCGUCUUCUCCAUCUACAAUGACCAGGACGAUGGCCCCCUCGCCGGAUCUGACCACGCGGACCACCUCGACGGUGUCUCGGAUGGUCCUGAGAUUUCUAGAGCAGGGGAUUUAAUGUUGGAUCUUGAGGAUGCAUUGGUGAAACAACGUCCAAAUUGCAUGUCAGGUUUUGGAUUGUUGAAAUCAAGGGAAAUUCGUUUUCAAAGCCAGAUUCAGCGUCGGUUGACUGAACUUGAAGAAUUACCUUCAAGCAGAGGCGAGGACCUGCAGACAAAGUGCUUGCUUGAACUUUAUGGAUUAAAGCUAGCAGAGUUGCAGAGCAAAGUUCGUUCUGAUGUCUGUUCAGAGCAUUGGAUUCGUGUGAAUUGUGCAUAUCCUAAUAAACAAUUGUUUGAUUGGGAAAUGAUGCGGUUCCGUCGCCCAUUUUAUGGUGUGGGGGAUGCUUUUGCAGUGGAAGCUGAUGAUCAGCUGAGGAAGAAACGGGAUGCUGAGAGACUGUCCAGGUUUGAGGAGGAGGAAAAGAACCGUGUGGAGACCAGGAAAAGGAAAUUUUUUGCAGAAUUACUUAAUGCAGUCCGUGAAUUCCAAUUGCAAGUACAAGCUGCUUUGAAACGCCGGAAACAAAGAAAUGAUGGUGUUCAGGCAUGGCAUGGAAGGCAAAGGCAACGUGUUUCUCGGGCAGAGAAAUUGAGGUUCCAAGCUUUGAAAGCCGAUGAUCAAGAAGCAUAUUUGAAAAUGGUGGAGGAGAGUAAGAAUGAAAGAUUAACAAUGCUUCUUGGAAAAACAAAUGAGCUUCUUGUCCGUCUGGGUGCUGCUGUUCAACGCCAAAAAGAUGCUGAAACAGAUGGCAUUGAACUUCUGAAAGGGCAAGAAGCUGAUUUGCCUGAGUUGUCUGGUACACAGAGUGGAACCCCUGGAGAGCCAUUUCCUGCGGAAGAUUCAAACACAGUUGACGCAGGUUUUGAUCACCAAGUUAAGACGGGUGAUCUGCUUGAAGGUCAGCGGCAAUAUAAUUCAGCUAUCCAUUCAAUUCAAGAAAAGGUGACUGAGCAGCCGUCCAUGCUUCAAGGUGGAGAGUUAAGAACAUACCAGCUAGAAGGACUUCAGUGGAUGCUCUCUUUGUUCAAUAACAAUUUAAAUGGAAUCUUAGCGGAUGAGAUGGGGUUAGGGAAGACAAUUCAAACCAUUUCAUUGAUUGCAUAUCUCUUGGAGAACAAGGGUGUGGCUGGGCCUCACUUGAUCGUGGCUCCAAAGGCUGUACUGUCAAACUGGUUUAAUGAAUUCUCAACGUGGGCUCCGAGUAUUUCAGUUAUUCUUUAUGAUGGGCGUCUAGAUGAGAGAAAGGUCAUGAGAGAAGAGUACUCAGGAGAGGGGAAAUUCAAUGUGCUGAUCACACAUUAUGAUCUUAUUAUGAAAGAUAAAGCUUUUUUGAGAAAAAUUCACUGGUAUUACAUGAUUGUUGACGAAGGACAUCGGCUAAAAAAUCGUGACUGCGAACUUGCAAAGACAUUUGAGGCAGGCUAUCGUGUUCGGCGUAGACUUCUCUUAACUGGUACCCCAAUACAAAACAGUUUACAGGAACUGUGGUCCUUGCUAAAUUUUCUUCUCCCACACAUUUUUAAUUCAGUUCAGAAUUUCGAGGAAUGGUUCAAUGCACCAUUUGCAGAUCGCAGUGAUGUUUCUCUUACUGAUGAAGAAGAGUUAUUGAUUAUUCGUCGUCUGCAUCAUGUUAUAAGGCCAUUCAUAUUGAGGAGGAAGAAAGAUGAGGUGGAGAAGUACCUACCCGGAAAAACCCAGGUCAUACUGAAAUGUGAUAUGUCAGCAUGGCAGAGGGUAUAUUAUCAGCAAGUUACAGACUUGGGCAGAGUAGGGUCGGGUACUGGAUCUGGGAAAAAAUCCAGGAGUUUACAGAACCUGUCAAUGCAGCUCAGAAAGUGUUGUAACCACCCAUACCUGUUUGUGGGAGAAUAUAAUAUGUGGCGCAAGGAGGAGAUUGUAAGGGCAUCAGGCAAAUUUGAGCUGCUUGAUCGUCUACUCCCAAAACUCCGCAGAUCUGGGCAUAGAAUCCUUCUUUUCUCUCAAAUGACUCGACUUAUGGACAUUCUUGAGAUCUAUUUGCAAAUUCAUGAUUUCAAGUAUCUUAGACUGGAUGGAUCCACCAAAACUGAGGAAAGAGGUUCUUUACUAGCACAAUUCAAUGCACCAGACUCUCCCUUCUUCAUGUUUCUUUUGAGCACUCGUGCUGGGGGUCUAGGUCUAAACUUACAAACAGCAGAUACUGUUAUAAUCUUUGACAGCGAUUGGAACCCUCAAAUGGACCAACAGGCAGAGGAUAGGGCCCAUCGUAUCGGGCAGAAAAAGGAAGUGAGGGUUUUUGUGCUGGUUAGUGUUGGAUCAAUUGAAGAGGUAAUCUUGGAGCGUGCAAAACAGAAGAUGGGCAUCGAUGCCAAGGUCAUCCAGGCGGGUCUGUUCAACACAACUUCCACAGCUCAAGAUAGAAGAGAGAUGUUGGAGGAGAUAAUGCGUAAAGGCACAAGCUCACUUGGAACAGACGUGCCUAGUGAGAGAGAGAUUAAUCGCCUUGCAGCUCGAUCAGAAGAAGAGUUUUGGUUGUUUGAGAAAAUGGAUGAGGAGAGACGGCAAAAGGAGAACUACAAAUCUCGUCUCAUGGAAGAGCAUGAGGUACCUGACUGGGCCUAUUCUGCACCUGAUAAUGAAGAUCAAACCAAAAGUUUUGAACAUGAAAUUGGCAACCUCACUGGAAAGCGACGAAGAAAAGAGGUGGUGUAUGGCGACACACUUAGUGAUUCUCAGUGGCUGAAGGCUAUGGAAAAUGGAGAAAGUGUGGCAAAGUUUUCGAUUAAAGGAAAGAGAAGGGAGCACAUUCUCUCUGAGGGCAAUGAAUCAACUUAUAAUAAUGCCAGGGCAGAGAAAAAAGUUUCAGAAUCCAGACAUGAAAAUGCAUCCGUUACAAGUGAGGGCACAAGUGUGGAUACGUUUGGGUCAGCCCCCAAGUUGUCCAAGUCUUUUGACAAACCUGAAAAUCAGGGGGUCGACAGAAGCGGCUUGAAUGGGGAGAUCUUGACAUGGAAGACUCAUAAGAGGAGGAGAUCAAGCUUUGCCUCGAGUUCGACGUCUGAUGCCAGGGGGCCAAAUACAAGUGGCAGAGGAAAUGGGUGGCUUUGAUUGGUAUAACUAGGCUAAGCAUGAUUUAGUUGCGCCUUCACAUAGCAAGAUUGUAGCUUGGGAUUUCAGGUAUAGCUUUAGCUGUGGGUUUAGGCUUCCUUUUUUUUUUUUUUUUUUUCAGCAGCUCCUGGGCAACAGAAAGUUGAAGUGAUAUUUUUGGCGAUCUGCCACUUCCAAUUUAUUUUGAUAAUUUAGAAGUAGUGCCAUUUCUUAGCAUAUCGUGUACAAAUUGUAAGUUCAUAACAUGUAAUUGCUCUCAUUUUUCUUAAUUUUAUGUAUGAUUUGAUUGCCAAUAUGACAGACAUGAACAUCGAUAAAAAAAUUUCAGUUUACC